AUGGUCUACACUCGUAAAGACAUUGACGCUUCCACUUCGGUCCCCCAGGUCGUUGAGCAAGGCCCUCGAAGAAAACCUUUGCCAAACAUCGUGUUCGACAACCUGCAGCCAGUGGUAGCCCAUUUGGUGGAAAGAGCCGUGACGCCUCCUGACAGCCCCCGUCAGGCAUUGCCGAGUACGGCCCAGGAUGACCUGAAGCAACUCUUUGUCGAUGCUAUCCAACAGGUGUUGUCGGAGAUGCCCGAUGAGCCUACCUCUGAAAAGUCCCAGCCUACCACUGUUAGCCUAUUGACGGACCUUCUGAAGGUCUUUCAAGCCACGCCGUCUUCCGACGCUACUGCCGGACUCUCGAAGUUAGCGUCUGUUGGCGUAGAGAAGGACAAUCAUCGUCAAUUGCCUCUCGAUAGUCAGGGCGGGACACCCCCUAACAGCCCAUGCAUCACCCCGUUGGAGACUGCCGCAAUGGGGCAACUGAAAGAGUCCACUGACCUCCUUGUUCCUUCUACCGAUGACUCGAGUGCAUACUCGAUCUGCGCAGAGGAGCCACGAGACACUGCGGGGAACUGCAAGGUCUCUGGAAAUCAGAAAUUGUCAGUCACUGACAACGACGUUGAUGUUGCGAGUCUGCCAAAUCUUGAACUAGUGAAUGGUUGCCGAUCGACGCCGAACGCGGUUGAGACCGCUGCGACAGGUCGACAACGGUUGGUAGCAGGCGCUCGGGCUUCGAAUGUGGAGGCGAGAAAAACUCGUGGACUCUGUGGCAUAAAGAAAGACCAACAUAAGUUAGCCUCAACUCCUUUUGACCCGUCAACGCCACAACUUGAUGUAGAUGAGCUUGAGAGGCUAUUAGCAAACGCUGCCGACAAAAGAAGCCAGGCCGACUCUUCGGACUUUGAAGAUGCUCUUACUUUCUCUGAGGCUCGUGAGAUCGGAUCCGAAGAUAUUGGGGUCGAAAGCCAGGGUAGUGCCCAUCUGGAGAGCUCACACUUAUCUUCGGAGCCUGUCACAAUGAGCCAGUUGAAGGACCUUUUCCAAGCUGUGCUUGAAUGCAAACCUCAGACGGCUUCCGAUGGCGCGGGAAAUGGUCCCGCUGGACCUGAGAAGAAGGCAGAGAACAAUCAGGAUAGCGAGGACAAAAGGAUUCUGGCCUCCAGGAUGGAGUACAAGACCGUCAACGAAGCCUGGGACUGCAAGACGUACGAGUACAAGAUCGUCGAUUCCCCUCCCCCGCAGGAUGUAAGUGAAUUAGACGAAUUCGUAUUCGUCGUCCGCAAGCGUAUCCAAAAACAAACGCACGAUGUCAUCAUCUACGUGGAUAUUAAGUCACCAGGCCUGCGAGACAUCUUGAGAUGCAUCUUGAAAGAUAUUAGAACGGCGGGACUCGAAGCCGACAAACCUGCGGUCGAGCGGAAUCUAUUGUUCCAUUUCCUUCCAGAGUUAAAGAGUUUUGGCGCCGACUCCAACGAAGAUACCUCGGAAGAGGAUGGCAUGCGCCAUCUGAGUCUACUAAUCAAGCACCUAGAGGAAGCAUACGAGUCAACUACCGGCCAAAUCAACUCACUUCUGAUUCACAGGAAGAUAACAUACGACUUGUUAUGGGCGUUCUUCAAACCGGGCACAUUGCUGUACAUGACCUGUCCUUCUACAGGCCUGCCCCGGUGCGUUCGUUACAGUUGCGGUAAGGAGACGAAGACUUUUCGGAACGGUGACUGUUUUGAGAUCCAGGGUGAGUAUUUUGAUUACGAUGGGGAAGUAUUCGGCGAAUCUACCGAGACUUUGCAAAUUGAAAUGUUCUCCGCGGCCCGCAGUAUUGAAAACCUCCCAGUGUAUCCAUUGGAAUUCCACCCUAACCCUGAGAUCUGGUCGCGCCUGGUAUCAGCCGGUCGAAAGUUCGUGUCGCUCAUUGGCUGUUACCAUCGGCAAUAUGAAGGAAAUAUGUUUGUCCCACAUAAGGAUCAGCUAGUGAAAGUCCACGUCAGUAGCAGGAUCAUGAUCGACGCCCAGCAGUUCCGGAAGUGGAAUCCCAACUAUGCCAGACUGGCGAUGAAAAAGCCCUAUACCGAUAUGUUCGGCCAAAUUCUGGAUCACGAAAUUGUUGAUCGUGUUCGCAGUAACGGUAUGGACCCCAGCGACUUAACAGAGGAAGAUCUAGCUAUCUGCAGUCCAACGGUUCUCGGGUUCUCCCUCAACGAGAAGGUUUGGGGAGAAUUUGCCAUUAAUAAUGUGGCAGAGAUCCAAUUCUCAGAUACACCUUUCGACAUGUUAGCUAUCCCUGAGGACAAAAAAAGGGUCAUCAAAUCUCUUACUGAAAGUCGGGUCCGCGCGGCGACCGAAGGAAAAUUCGAUGAUAUCAUUGAAGGAAAGGGGCAAGGUGUCAUUAUACUCCUGCACGGUCCCCCAGGUGUCGGGAAGACUUUGACAGCAGAAGCAAUCUCAGAACGGCUUCAGCGACCACUCUACUCGAUCUCUGCUGGAGAUCUCAGUGCUCGAGCUGAGGAGCUUGAAGUCCAGCUAACGCGUACCUUCCGCAUUGCAAGCAACUGGAAGGCUGUGCUCCUCCUGGAUGAAGCGGAUGUAUAUUUGCAGCGACGGGAUGGCAUGCAGUUAGAACGCAACCGUCUCGUUGCCACGUUCUUGCGCACACUUGAGUAUUAUCCCGGUAUCUUUUUCCUCACGACCAAUAUGCUCCAGGACUUCGAUGCAGCCAUCCUUGACCGAAUCCAGUUAAAGUUGCAGUAUCAUGAUCUGGACUUCUCGGCGCGACAAGCCAUCUUCAGACACUUUGUUGCCAAGACAAGAGCAGAAAUUUCAGAAGAGGACAUACGGAACUUCGCAGAGAUCAGCCUGAAUGGUCGGCAGAUUAAGAAUGUCAUCAAGCUUGCACACAAUGUCGCCAUGUCUGAUAGGAUUCGAAUGCUUGCGGAUCACGUUCGAUCGGCUCUCACAGCAAAUGGAUAUACUAUACCCGUACCUGGCUUCUCGAUUGACAACAGUCUCUAUGAUGAGUAG